AUGUCUUGCUCUUCCCGCGUCUCCUCCUGCAGGGCUAAAGGCAGCAGCUCCAUGAGGGGGUCCAUGGGGGCCAGCAGCUUCAGCAGCAGCAGCCGAUGCGGAAUGGGGGUCAGCUCUUGCCGCGGCUUCCGAGCUGGAGGCGGCAGCUCCAGCGGGGGCUUCGGUGGAGGUUUCAGUAGUGGAUUUGGAGGCGCUUCGGUCUCGGGAGCUGGCUUUGGCGGGGGUUCUGGAUUCGGAGGGGGUUCUGGAUUCGGAGGGGGCUCUGGAUUCGGAGGGGGUUCUGGAUUCGGAGGGGGCUCUGGAUUCGGAGGGGGCUCUGGAUUCGGAGGGGGCUCUGGAUUCGGAGGGGGCUCUGGACUGGGUGGAGGGGCCAGCGGAGGCUUCUACAGCUACGGUGGGGGCAUGGGUGGGGGGAUGGGUGGAGGGAUGGGGGGGGGCGAUGGGGGGCUUUUCCCUGGGGGCGAAAAGCAAACCAUGCAGAACCUCAAUGACCGCCUGGCCAGCUACUUAGACAAGGUCAGAGCCCUGGAGGAGGCCAACUCGGAUCUGGAGAGGAAGAUCAAGGAGUGGUAUGAGAAAUUUGGGCCCAACUCUGGAGACAGUGGGUCUGGAAAAGAUUACAGCAAAUACUACCCCAUCAUUGAGGAUCUCAGAAAUCAGAUCAUUACUGCCACUAUUGAAAACGCGGGAAUUGUCCUGCAGGUUGACAAUGCCAGGCUGGCUGCUGAUGAUUUCAGACUGAAGUACGAGAACGAGCUGUAUCUCCGCCAGAGUGUGGAAGCCGACAUCAAUGGCCUACGGAAAGUACUGGAUGACCUCACCAUGACUCGCAGUGACCUGGAGAUGCAGAUCGAGAGCCUGACCGAGGAGCUGGCCUACCUGAAGAAGAACCAUGAGGAGGAAAUGAAGGGCAUGCAAGGCAGCUCCGGAGGGGAUGUGAAUGUGGAAAUGAACGCGGCUCCGGGCACCGACCUCACCAAAUUACUGAACGACAUGCGGGCGCAGUAUGAGGAACUGGCUGAGCAGAACCGCAGGGAGGCAGAGGAGCAAUUCAACAAGCAGAGUGCCUCCCUGCAAGCUCAGAUCUCCACUGACGCCGGAGCUGCCAGUUCUGCCAGGACUGAGAUCACAGAGCUGAAACGCACUCUGCAAGCCCUGGAGAUUGAGCUUCAGUCCCAGCUGGCCAUGAAAAGCUCCCUGGAAGGGACCCUAGCAGACACGGAGGGGGGCUACAUGGCUCAGCUGUCGGAAAUGCAGAUGCAGAUCAGCUGCCUGGAGGAACAGAUCUGCCAGAUUCGGGGUGAGACCGAAUGCCAGAAUGCGGAGUAUGAGCAGCUGCUCAACAUCAAGACCCGUCUGGAGAUGGAGAUCGAGACCUACCGCCGCCUGCUGGAUGGGGAGGGAGGGUAAGUGCAAGUCACCCUCGGACUGAGUGUUGGUUAUGGAACGGGAAGGGAAGCUGGGCUGGUGUGCUCAGGAUCCAGGGGCUCAGGAACCGGUGACUCAAGAUCUGGAGGAAGCUGCUCUGGUCAGACACGAGAUCCUAGUAAGACCAGAGUGACCAAGACCAUUAUCGAGGAGGUGGUAGAUGGCAAAGUUGUCUCAUCUCAAGUCAGCAAUAUUUCAGAGGUGAAGUUUAAAUAA